AUGGGCUUAGAAAGUCGCUUAAUAAAAGCUGAACGCCGAAGCAAAUUGCUUUCUGAAGAGAUAGCCGAAAUUGGUUGGACGACUAUUCAAAAACGUUUUGACGGUUCCGAAAACUUUGAUCGACCUUGGAAGGAUUACAGGGAUGGAUUCGGCGAUUUAAAUGGAGAAUUUUUUAUUGGACUAGAGAAAAUUCACGUUAUGACUCAAAAACGGCCCCACGAACUUUAUAUCAAGCUUGGAAAGGUUGAUGGAUCCACAAGCUACGCUUAUUACAAGGAUUUCAAACUUGGAAGCGAGGAAGAGUCGUAUGCGCUACAAUCGCUGGGAAAAUACUUCGGAACAGCUGGAGACUCCCUAAAAUAUCAUAUCAACGAAACGUUCACCACGUUUGACAGGGAUAAUGACAAAUCUGAAACUGGUAAUUGCGCUUCUCCUGAAGUAGGUGGCUGGUGGUAUCACAAUUGCAGUCAAAGGUAA